AUGUCUGCUCUUCUGCCCGGGGAUUUUGUCAUGAACGAGGAAAGCUAUACGCGAGAUGUCACGGUGGAAGACAUUCUCAGCCAUCGCAGUGGCCUUCCGUCGUAGGUACACGGAGCGUUCAGCGAAGAUUAGAAUGCUGACAGGGAGAGCAGUCAUGACAACUCAUACCUCUCUCCUCGCGCCACGCAUCCGGACACCGCUAAGACUGUGACACAAAAUCUGCGAAAUCUACCGCUGGCCGCGCCGAUCCGGACAAAGUACAUGUACUGCAACAUGAUGCUGACAGUGGCGACUCAUCUGAUAGAGGAAUUGACGUCGACUACGUUUGAGUCUUUCUUACACACCCGCGUAUUCUCCAAGCUGGGAAUGAAUUCCACUCACCUGCAACCGGGAGCAGCCAUCAAAGCCGGCCUGAAAGACAGAAUGUCAACACCAUAUGCAUGGGAUGAAAGGAGCAAGGCUUUCAUCGCUCUACCGUACGAGGAAGGACCCGAGAUGCAGGGUGCUGGCGGCAUUAUCACCUCCGUGAAUGAUUAUGCCCUCUGGAUACGUGAACUGAUCCACCACGAAGGCACCGUCAUCAGCGAAGAUCUCUACAACGGAAUCCUUCGGCCACGCAUUCUCGAGAAUCCAGAUGCAACGGAUGAGGAUUUGCCUCCGUUCAGCUCCUGGGAAGCGUACGCUACGGGCUUCGAGACAUAUUUCUACCGCGGAUACCGCAUAGUAAGGCACGACGGUCUGAUCGGCGGUUUCGGGACGACGCAUUUCUUCGUUCCGGCUAUCAAAUUCGGCGGAGCCAUCUUUGCAAAUUCUGGCGAGACGGGGAAUUCGGCGGCGGUUUUGCUAAUGAGGGAGCUUGUGGAUGAAGCUCUGGGUAUUCCCGAGGAUCAGCGAAGUGAUUGGAAAGGCUGGCAGGCCAAGACGGAUGAAGAGAGCGCCACUGAGCGCGAAGAAGAGCACAAGAAGUUGAGAGAAGAGCUCUGCCCGCCGGGUGAAGAGCGGCAGCCGCACAAGAUGCCUUUGAACGCUUACACCGGCUCGUACUUCAAUGCCGGCUACCACGGACUGGUCGUGCAAGUCCAGGGCGAAAAGCUCUUCAUCGACGCGAGCGACAGAUCAAUGGGUUUCACUCUGACCUUGGAGCAUAUGUGCAGUGGGAAAACAUUUCUUGCCCACCUCCAAGACGCCGCCGAUCCGACGGACACUGACCAGCUGAAGGCCGAAUUUCAAUGCGAAGGCGACAGAGCUCUGAAGAUGGGACUCCAUCUUGAAGCUGAUUUGGACGAUCUCAUCUGGUUCGACAGAGUGGACGCCAUGGGAUCUGAAUAUUGA